CGCCCGGGCCCGGCUCUGCCUGCCCACCCGGCGCCCAGGCCGCGACGCCCAUGUCCGCGCCGCCCGCGGAGCCGCCGGCCUCCGGCGGCCAGCUCUGCCCCCCGCGGGGGGCGCGGGCCCAGGAGCGGGCCGAGGCUCGGGCCCAAGCGCGGGCCAAGAUGGCCUCCCCACCGGUGUACUGCCUGUGCCGGCUGCCCUACGACGUGACCCGCUUCAUGAUCGAGUGCGACCUGUGCCAGGACUGGUUCCACGGCAGUUGUGUCGGUGUAGAAGAGGAAAAGGCAGCUGACAUUGACCUCUAUCACUGCCCCAAUUGUGAGGUCCUCCACGGGCCUUCUGUUAUGAAAAGGCGCCGAGGGGCCACAAAGGUGCAGGAACUGAUGACGAACAAAGAAGGAGGGAAGACAGUGCAGACCGGGAGCCCCAUGUUCAUCCGGGAGCUUCGAGGAAGGCCCUUCCGCAGUGCCGAUGAUGUGAUCUUGAAGCCCACGGGGGCCCAGCUGACAGUAGAGUACCUGGAGGAGAACAGCUUCAGUGUGCCCAUUUUGGUGCUGAAGAAAGAUGGUCUGGGGAUGACUCUGCCCUCGCCAGCAUUCACUGUGAGGGAAGUGGAAUAUUAUGUCGGUUCUGACAAAGAGAUUGAUGUUAUUGAUGUGACCCGUCAGGCCGAUUGCAAGAUGAAACUCGGGGACUUUGUGCGUUAUUACUGCAGCGGCAAAAGGGAGAAAGUCCUCAAUGUCAUCAGCCUCGAGUUUUCAGAUACCAGGCUUUCAAAUCUUGUGGAGACCCCUAAGAUUGUCCGAAAGCUCUCCUGGGUGGAGAAUUUGUGGCCUGAGGAGUCUGUGUUUGAACGGCCCAGUGUGCAAAAGUAUUGCCUCAUGGGUGUGCGGGAUAGUUACACAGACUUCCACAUUGACUUUGGCGGCACCUCUGUUUGGUAUCACGUGCUUCGGGGUGAAAAAGUUUUCUACUUAAUCCGCCCCACCCCAGCCAACCUGUCUCUGUUUGAGUGCUGGAGCAGCUCGUCCAACCAGCGAGAGAUGUUCUUUGGGGACCAGGUGGACGUGUGCUACAAGUGCUGCGUGAAGCAGGGCCAGACCCUCUUCAUUCCCACAGGUUGGAUCCAUGCGGUGCUGACGCCCGUGGACUGCCUUGCCUUUGGAGGGAACUUCCUACAUAGCCUCAACAUCGAGAUGCAGCUCAAGGCCUAUGAGAUUGAGAAGAGACUGAGUACAGCUGACCUCUUCAGGUUCCCCAACUUUGAGACCAUCUGUUGGUACGUGGGAAAGCACAUCCUGGACAUCUUCCGAGGGUUACGAGAGAACAGGAGACACCCCGCUUCAUAUCUGGUCCAUGGAGCCAAAGCCUUGAACUUGGCCUUCAGAUCUUGGACUAAGAAAGAGGCUUUGCUAGAGCACGAAGCUGAAAUCCCUGAGACUGUGCGGACGGUCCAACUCAUCAAAGACCUGGCCAAGGAGAUCCGGCUGGUGGAGGAUAUUUUCCAUCAGAACAUUGGAAAGACCGGCAGCCCCUUUGGCCUCCAGAGGACUGGCUCAGCCAGCAGCACUCCGGCCACCAAGCCAGCCUCUGGCCCUCCAGCCUCCGCUGCCAGGUUUUCCCCAGCCUCCAAAGCCAGCUCCAAAAAGAGAAACUCCCGGGCCAAGGUGGAGGCUGGGAAGAAGCCAGAGCGCAAGGGGAGAGAGAAUGUGGCCAUGCUGGAGCCUUGUGAGCUGGACCUAAGUCUGCUGGAAAAAUAUACACGGCAGGCCCUGAAGGCAGGCAGUCCUCCUCCCAAGGGCCAGUUUUUAAUAGCAAACACCUGCCUGGCUCCACCAGAGGAGGAGCUGGACCUGGACCCAGACCCAGAGCUAGACUUAGACCUAGAACCUGAUAUUGAAGAGAGCCAAGUUACAGCAGUGCUGGCCAAUGGCAAAGUAGCAAGUGACAAGAAGGUGAAGGUCUCAGCCAGGUCCCGGAAUUCUAAGAGCAUGUCAAGACGGGGAGCCAAGACCAAGCUGCUGAUUAAGGGAGAGUUUGACCUGGAUUCUGAGGAAGACCUGCAGAUCGAUGAGACACCUCGGAAGGAGAAGAAGGGCCUGGUACCCAGGAAGAAGUUACCCAAAUUCCCCCGGAAGUUGCCUCGUGCCAAGCCCUGCUCCGACCCCAACCGAAUCCGGGAACCAGGGGAGGUAGAGUUUGACAUUGAGGGUGCGUCAUGUAAUCCACCCGAGCAAGCCCUGAAAUGCCGCUUUGGUCUGCGCCAGGAGGACUAUACGACAGACGAGGACCUGGCAGAAGGAGUUGAAGGCCAGCGUGGGCCCAGCGCCGGAACUGCAGGGAUUCUAGAUCUGCUCAAGGCCAGCAGGCAGGUGGGGGGACCCGACUCUGCAGCCCUCAAUGAGGCCCCUGCGUCCCCCAGCACCCAAGAAGCUAUCCAGGGGAUGCUGUGCAUGGCCAACCUGCGGUCCUCCUCAUCCUCCCCCUCAGCCUCUAGCCUUCAGGCCUGGUGGGUUGCAGGGCAGGAGGGCGGUGGCAGUAGCGGCAGUGGCAGUGCCAGCGGUAGCGGCAGUGGCAGUAUUAGUGGCAGCGGCAUCUCUGUUCGUGGGAAGACCGAUGGCUCCAGCGCCACAACCAACCAGCGGGCCCUCAACAAGCGAACUGGGAAGCAGCCAGUCCGACAGAGAAUGGAAAGUGAGGAAGAAGAGGAAGAGGAAGCUGAGGCCAGUCUAGAUGACGAACAGGAAAGCCUGGGGGCCUGCUUCAAGGAUGCUGAGUACAUCUACCCGUCUCUAGAGUCAGACGAUGAUGACCCUGCUUUGAAAUCACGCCCCAGGAAGAGGAAAAGCACAGAUGAUGCUCCCUGGAGUCCUAAAGCCCGUGUGACCCCAACCCUCCCAAAGCAGGCCCGGCCUGUUCGGGAGGGGACUCGAGUGGCCUCCAUUGAGACGGGUUUAGCUGCAGCAGCUGCAAAGCUGGCUCAGCAGGAGCAGCAAAGGGCCCAAAAGAGGAAAUAUUUCAAGAAGAAGCCAUUAGCAAAGGAACUGGAACAGUCACCCGCUCAAGAUAAUGGCCCUGGCACAGCUGCUCCCGUGCCGGUGCCCCCACCUGUAGUUGUACCACUCAGCCCACCGCCACCCACCGAGCCCAAGCAGGAACCCUUUGCCGGCAGCCUGGCUGACCACGAGUACACAGCCCGGCCCAGUGUUUUCGGCAUGGCCCAGGUGAACCGAGGCACCACACCCAUGGCACCUGGUGUCUUCCUGUCUCAGCGGCGGCCCUCAAACAGCUCCCAGGGGAGCCAGGCAACACAAGGAAAGCGGCCCAAGAAGGGCCUGGCUACAGCCAAGCAGCGCCUUGGCCGCAUUUUGAAGAUCCACAGAAACGGCAAACUCCUGUUGUGAGCCCUCCCCGUUGGCAGGGCCCUGCUUCACUCUCCUGACCCUUGGAGGCUUGGUUUCCUUUGCAGACACUCCUCUUUUCUCUGGAGCCCUCCUGGCCAGCCUUGGGCACAGCUGGCUUAAGAGGCGAAUGUCCCCAGUGGAGGGAGGGAGGGAGGGAUGAAGCCUGACCUCUCUUUCAUUCACUGGCUUCCUUCUCCGUUCCUUUUUGUCCUAUUCUUGCCUUUCUUCUGUUCACUGCCCUGUUAGAGAGCGGGGAGGCUGGAGGAAUGAUGUCUGACUUCAGAGGGAUCUUCCUUCAGCUUCUCCCCUCUUUGAAUCAGUUAGGGCCCAAGAGCAAGGGGACCGGGUGCUCCUUAAACAGCGUUGCUGACCUUCCCCCUUGUCUGGGCCCAUUCCUUGAGUUUGGAGGGAAGCGAGCCCAUGGCCUGCUUUAGGCUCCCGCUAUGCCACCUCUUGUGGCCUGCAUAGAAGCCAUGUGUGAACAGCCAGCCCCCUUGGCUGGUCUGCCUUCCUACUCUCUUCCUCAUUGUUUAGGGGCCAGGUCUGUGACACUGGACACUUAAGGGGCUGCCUUCCAUCACCUCAUUAGACCCGGAAGCACCCACAAGCAAAAUAUUGCCCCUACCCAUGAACCCCUGCUUGACCCCUUCAGCCCCACUUUGGCUGGGUUGGCAGGGGUGGGCUUCUCAAUAUGCCCCAUCUGGGCAACUGGCCAGGAUUGGAAAAUGGAGUCUGUGGAAGCACCUCUUGGCUUGUUUGGCCCAUUUCAGCUGCUUGCUCUGUGUGGCUGGGAUUGCCCUGGUGACUCAGGGACCUGGGGGGCAACUCCCCACUGGGAAACUGCAAGCAGAAGGGGCCAGUUGCUCAGAGCCUGAGCCAGCAGCUGUGGGGCUUCUAUGGGGCUGGGUAAUUUAGAGCCGGGGAAGCGUGGCCUUCCCAAGCUCCCCCGGCCACUUUUCACCACACUCCUUUCCUUGUUUCCCUCAUCCCGCCGUCUGGGUGGAACAGGGCUAGGCAGGGAAGCCUGUGGGGCAUGGUUCCCCUUCAGCCCUGCCCAUUGGUCUGCCUUCUCAGACCUCAUCCCUAAAAGUCCCAGUUAAGCACGGGCCAGAGCCUGGCUCCCUUCUCUCCCCUGCGUGGAGGUAGGCAUCACGGCAGAGAGAGAGGCAAAGGCAGCUAAUUGCUCCCAGAAGACCACCUGGUUUGGGGUGUCACACCCCAGCUCCACCCAGGAUACUUUCAUUUCACAUUUUUUAUUUCUGUGGUUUGGGGCCCCUUGUUUUGCUUUUCUGUUGUCGCUGUUGUUGUUGACAAACAACGGUAAAGGAAAGGUCUGUCCCCCUCCCUCCAAGUUGUCUUACAAAGAGCUGAGUGGGGGCACCUGUUUUCUUUGUUGGACUGGACUUUUCAGGUUGUAAGGGGGGGUGGGGGGUGGGCGGG